UUGCUUGCGGAAACAUCCGGUCAAGAAAUCUAUUCUAUUUGUCAGUGGAACAGCUGUGAGCUUCUUUUCAGCAAAAUCAAGCUAAUUUAUCAUGCUUGCUUCUAAAAGUCGUAUCUUUCUCUCUAUAAGCAUACGUACAUAUAUGAAAUUGUGAGUUGCGAGAGAGAUCGAUGAUGAGAGAAAUUGAAGAAAACAGAAUGACCCAAAAUCAGCAUAACCCACAUCACACCAAGUCCCUUCCUAAGAGGAUAAUCCUUGUACGCCAUGGUCUGAGCCAAGGAAAUCAGAACGGAGCAGCUUAUACGACUACGCCGGACAACAAAAUCCAAUUAACCCAGGAAGGAAUAGAACAGGCGAGAGUCGCCGGCGCUGAGAUACGCAAGGUGGUUUCGAACGAUGGGCAGUCCAAGAACUGGAAGAUCUAUUCCUACGUUUCCCCUUACUCUCGGACCCGCUCCACGUUGCUCGAGAUCGGGCGUUCCUUCCCUAGAAAGAGAGUCAUUGGGGUGAGAGAAGAAUGUCGCCUGAGGGAGCAGGAUUUUGGAAAUUUUCAGGUGGAAGAAAGGAUGAAGGUGAUUAAGGAGACUAGAGAGCGAUUUGGAAGGUUUUUUUACAGAUUUCCUGAAGGAGAAUCUGCUGCUGACGUCUAUGAUCGUGUUUCAAAUUUUCUUGAAUCUCUAUGGAGAGACAUAUACAUGCGCAGACUUCCCCACGAACCAACUGAUGAGAUAAAUCUCAUUAUUGUGUCUCACGGGCUCACUUCACGCGUGUUCCUCAUGAAAUGGUUCAAAUGGACGGUUGAGCAAUUCGAGCAACUUAACAAUUUGGGGAAUUGUGAGUAUAGGGUGAUGCAACUAGGCAAAGGAGGGGAGUACAGCUUGGCAGUCCAUCACUCGGAGGAAGAAAUGCUUGAAUGGGGACUUUCUCCAGAAAUGAUAGCAGACCAGAAAUGGCGCGCAGAAGUGAAAAAGGGGGCAUGGAAUGAGAAUUGUAGCUGGUACCUUGAUGCUUUCUUUGACAAGUUUGCAGACUCGAGCUCGGAUGAUGAUGCUGAUCGUGAUGAUGACCGAGAUGAUGAUGAUGGUGAUGAUGACCGAGAUGAUGAUGAUGAUGGUGUUGAUGAAAGAUUGUGAUAAGUGUAUUUCUAGAAUCAAUGUCCUCUGGCUGAUAUUUAACAGAGGUACAUCCUCAUCAGGUUGGCGUGUUUACAUGUAACACAACAUUCUCUUGUGUUUUGUUUUUAGUAUUUUCUCUAAAUGUAACUUGAAACACUUGUGAAAUGUGUUCCCAAUUCAGUUGUUGUGUAAACUAUGAUCAAUUUGGUGACAUUUGUUGUUCAUUUGGUAUGGUAUAAAUCUCCAAUUUUUUGCACUC